AUGAAACUCUCCUUCGUCAACGACGAGCCCUUGACGUCCGCCGUCGUAGAUUCUGCAAGUAACGACGUAUGUUAUGAAGUGGAAACGACAGAAGACAAAUCAGGGGCGCACAGCACGACUUUGCGACGAGCUGGACAAUCUGCACGCGACGUAGAUCCUGUCUGCGGCGUCAUCGAGUGGCAGACCGGCGACGGUGGCUCAGGAACACAGAUCUUGAUAUCUGGUCAACGAACUUCGCUUGAGGAAUUCAUGAAGAGCGGUAGCUUCACGACAGGAAUUCUGCGGGAGUUCAAGGACCCGAAGGGAAAUGAUUUAUACUGGCGCAAGAACGGUUCCGGCCGCGAAUACAUCCUCGUGGAUGACAAUAACAAUGUCAUCGCGCGUCCCUCACGAGGACGAUCAGGAUUCUCCGCAAUGGUUCGCCGCAAGCAGGGCCUGACACUGGAGAUUAGUCCUGCAGGAGAGUGGUUUGCCGACCUCAUUCUCCUCACGUUCAUCAUCGUCGAUCACAUACAUGGUGACACCUUGAAGCCAUUCAAAAGACACGAUCUCUUGUACGGCUUCGCUGCUACGGGUCUCGCCUCCCCACCCACUUCAUGA